GGGGGACUGGAGAGGGGCACCCACUCAGGCUAGGCCUCCAACCCCACUAGCGGAGGACGUCAGCCGCAGGGGGGAUUCCCUGUACUCUUGUUGAGGGCUCUUCUUGAGAAGAUGGAAGGGCACUGUUUGCUGUGUGACUCUGCUGUUUGCGGCUGGCUCAGGUGCUGGAGUGGGCAGGGAGUUGGCUCAGAUGUCCACUCCUGGGCAGGUCAGCAGUUGGUGCCCACAGCCCGGGGCAGAGCUGCCCUCUCUAGAGGACUCGGCCUCAGGCCAUCUCUAUCUGCUCAGGCCUGGAGCUGUGUGACCCCCCACACCGCCUGACGUUCUCCAUGGGGGCCGGCCUCUUCUUGGUGGCGGGCACUCUGCUGUCGCCUGGUCUGGCCCUGCUCGCACAGGACUGGCAUCUUCUGCAGGGGCUGAGUGCCCUGGCAACAGGGCUCCUGCUGCUCUUUUGGGGGUUCCCAGCCCUGUUCCCGGAGUCUCCCUGCUGGCUGCUGGCCACGGGGCAGCUGGCCCAAGCCAGGAAGAUCUUGUGGCACUUUGCGGAAGCCAGCGGCGUGGACCCUGAGAGCAGCUCCGAGGAGGAGAGCUCCCUGGCUACGGAGCUAGAUGUGCUGUCUGCAGGGAACCCCCAGCCCCAGCGCCACUGGGUCCUAGAGCUACUGCACACGCGCGUCACCUGGAGAAAUGGACUCAUCCUGGGCUUCAGUUCGUUGGUCAGUGGGGGCAUGAGAGCCAGCUUUUUCCGAAGACUGGCCGCUCAUGAGCUGGCCUUCUACGGACCCUACUUCCUGGGGGCUGGCCUAGAGGUGGUGGCCAUCGUCUUCCUGCUCCUGACAGUGGAUCGCUGGGGGCGCCGCCUGGUCCUGCUGUUGGGCACUUUGGUCAUGGGCCUGGCAUCCCUGCUGAUUCUCUCAGGGGUCCAGUACCUGCCGGCCUGGACUGUGCUGUCCCUCUCUGUCCUGGGGCUGCUGGCCGCCCAGGCCGUGUCCACCCUCAGCAGCCUCUUUGCAGCCGAGAUCUUCCCCACAGUGAUCAGGGCGGCAGGGCUGGGCCUCGUGCUGGGUGCUGGGUUCUUGGGCCAGGCGGCCGCCCCCAUCGCUGACAUGCAUGGCCGGCGGGGCUUCUUCCUGCUCCACGUGGUUUUCGCCUCUUUCGCCAUCCUUGCCCUGGUGUGUGUCCUGCUGCUGCCUGAGAGCCGUGGACGUGGGCUGCCCCAGUCACUGCAGGAUGCUGACCGCCUGCGCCGAUCACCGCUCCUUCGGGUCCGUCCCCGCCAGGACUACUUGCCCCUGCUGCCACCCUCCCACUGCUGGGCCCAGACACAACUGGUCCAGGAAGGGUGACUCUGGCUGGACAGACACACCUCCCCUCAGAUGGCCACAUGUCAGUGUGGGCAGAGGGGUCUCAGGGAGGAGCUGUGGGCUCAGUGUGAAGGGGGAGUCCUCGGUUGGGCCCCUUGUUCCUGGGGGCCCUGGCCUCCUCACCCCAACCCCCACUUGUGAAGGAUAAAGGUGUCCAUGGAACUUGA